CUCUGACCAGGGACAGCCGGUUCCGGCCGCACUCCCUCCACGCCGCACGCCCUCCCUUCCGGGGGUCCCGGUCCCCAAGGUGUCGCGGCUACGGCAUCCUCAGGCCAGGCCGCGGGGGGAGGGGGCGGCCUGGAGGCCGUGGCGGGGUCAGCACGGGCCACCGAAAGCAGGGCCAUGGAGCCCAGGGAGUCGGGGAAGGCUCCUGUGACGUUUGAUGACAUCACGGUGUACUUGCUUCAGGAGGAGUGGAUGCUGUUGAGUCAGCAACAGAAGGAGAUCUGCGGCUCUGACGAGCUGGUGGCACCACUGGGACCAACUGUUGCCAACCCAGAGCUGUUCUAUAAAUUUGAGCGAGGGCCGGAGCCGUGGCUAGCCAAUGUCCAGGGCCAGAGGAAGCUCUUGAGCCUCCACCGAGGAGAAAACAAGAUGGGCUUCAUGGAAGAAAUGGACAUGCAAAGUCCCGCCAGAGAAGCGGGACUCUACCUGCCUCCUCAGAAGAAAGCCUGUCCUUCCCAUUUCAGCUCAGAGGGUGGCAGCAUCCAGGGAGACUGCACGGGAAGAAGCAGAACACCGCUGAGACCGCGGUCCAUCCAGAAGUCGUGGUUUGCGCAGUUCCCGUGGUUGGUCAUGAAUGGGGAGCGGACGGCUCUCUUUUGCUCUGCUUGCCGGGAGUACCCGUCCGUCAGAGACAGACGGUCAAGAUUAAUAGAAGGGUACACAGGACCGUUCAAGGUGGAGACUCUCAAAUACCACGCCAAGAGCAAGGCCCACGUGCUCUGUGUCAAGGCCUUGGCGGCUCGGGACCCCAGCUGGGCAGCCCGUUUCCGGAGCAUCCGCGAUGUGUCUAGAGAGGUCCUGGCCAGUCCGGGGCACCUCUUCACUGCAGAUUAUCCCAUAUUUUACCCCCCAGGGCCUCUGGGGGUCUAUGAUAACAUGGCCCAGCUCCUGCCCAGCUCAAGAGCUGCCCUGGAGGACCCUGGACGGAGUGGAGCAGUUCCUGCAUUGUACCUAGACUGCAUUCCUGAUUUCAGGCAGAGAGAAAUUGCUGGUGACACCCGCAGCUCCUCAGACGUUAACAUUCUGUGUAAUGACUCUGCUGAACCCUGUGGCCAGAUAACAGAACAUAAUUAG